AUGGAAGUCAAAGCAGAAGAUCUACAAACGCUUUCGAGGUUAGGCGAGGGUGCGGCCGGUACCGUACGUAAAGUAUUACAUAAACCAACCCAAUUGAUUAUGGCCAAAAAGUCUAUUUCAACAGAACCUGACCCAGGUGUUCAACGUCAAAUUCUACGUGAGCUUGCAUUUUUAAAGACAUGCGAUUCACCGUACAUCGUGUCCUUUUAUGGUGCAUUUUUGGAUGAUGGUGACACUACCGUAUCCUUAUGCAUGGAAUAUGCUGAAGCGGGUAGUUUGGAAGACAUAUAUAAGAGAGCCCGAGACUUGGGUGGUGUCAUUGGUGAACCAGUGCUAGAACGUAUUGCUGAAUCCGUUUGCAAAGGCUUGGUAUACCUACAUUCGAAAAGAGUCAUUCAUAGAGAUAUCAAACCUUCUAAUAUUUUGGUGACACGAAAAGGAGAGAUAAAACUUUGUGAUUUUGGUGUUUCUGGCGAACUGAUCAAUUCUAUCGCACAGACAUUUACAGGAACGCAGUACUAUAUGGCUCCUGAACGUAUUCAAGGAAAUGCAUAUGCUGUCCAAUCUGAUAUCUGGUCGUUAGGUCUGACUUUAAUUGAAGUGUCGCAAAAUCGACCCGCUUUACCUCCUCCAGAUCAACCUCAUUUAUCUAUUUUCGAAUUGCUCGAUUUUAUUGUACGUCAACCCGUACCUCAAAUACAAGGUGAUCACAUCUCGGAUGAAUGUAAAAACUUUGUAGCUGUUUGUUUGACGAAGGAUCCUAAUUACAGACCUACACCUGCUCGCAUGUUACAGCAUCCUUUCAUAUUGAAAUGGGAAAACGUACAUAUGGAUUUAGGACAAUGGGUCAAAGAAGUCUGGGGCUGGGAUUAA